AUGCAAUGAAUUAAUAAGCUAAAAAAAAAUUAUACAGUUCAAAGAUCGUAAUUUUUUAGAACUCUUGUUAAAAAUUUUUAAUUUUUUCGUUAUCAUGUAAUAUUUAACUUCAUAAAUGUUCAUUAAUAAUUUAUUCACUCAUGCCAGUAAAACUUUCUUUAAAUUAACUUAAGAUUAAACUUAUUUCCAACUGGAAUAAUUUUUUUUAAAAUUUACAUCAAGUUUAAAAGUUAUAAGCCUGUUAACCAUGGAGCAUAUACUACAUGGUCCUGUUAUUCCUAAACAUAUCUUGGACAGCAAAACAAAUUUAAGUCAGUACUUUAUUAGAACAUUGAGUGAACAUGGAGACAAAGUUGCUAUGGUUGAUGUCCAUGAUAAUACCAAAAUUACAUUUAAUGAUAUUCUUAAUACAAGUUUAAAUGUAGCUAGAUGGUUAAAAUAUGAGUGUGGUAUUCAAAAAUCUGAUGUUGUUGGAUUAUUUAUUGAAAACACAGUUUGGUAUUCAACUCUUGUACUUGCUGUUUGGCAUGUUGGUGGUAUUUGUGCAUUAUAUAAUCCAUUGUAUAACAAUCAGGAAUUAAAACAUGUACUAAAUAUAUGUAAACCUAAAAUGAUGAUAUGCUCAAGAAUGGGUAUUAACUUAGUUCAAAAAGUUUCUAAAGAAAUUAAUUAUCUAAAAUAUGUAUGCCCAAUUGAAAUUGCUAUAAAUUUAAAAACUAUUCAAGAAAAAAGUUCAUUUGUGCCAAUUGAGUAUGAUAAUAAUCAUACUAGUAUAAUUUUAUGUUCGAGUGGAACAACAGGAUUACCUAAAGGUGUAGAAUUAACUCAUCGAAACUUAUAUUUAAUGAACAAUAUUUUACAAUAUUUAAAUAGCUUUAUAGUAAAAACUGAUAUAAUGAAUGGCUUGGUUCCUAUGUUUCAUGGUUAUGGAUUACUAGUUAUGUGUUUAAGCAUGGCACUUGGUAGUAAGGUUAUUGUUUUUAAAUACUUUGAGGAAAACUUAUUUUUGAAGUCAAUUGAUGACCAUAAAAUAACAGUUUUGUUUGCUGUUCCCCCACUAAUGGUUUAUCUUUCAAAAACUCCAUUAGUAAACAAGUACAGUUUAUCCAGUUUACGAAUUAUUUAUUCAGGAGCUGCUCCAUUAUCUCAUGAAGUUGAACUAGAAGUUAUUAAAAAAAUAGGCAAAGGUAAACCAUUAAUAGUUGAACAAGGGUAUGGAAUGACUGAAUUGAGCAUACUAGCAACAUGCCACGUUCACACUGAAAAUUCUCAACAUCCAGUGCCCCCGGGCACAAUAGGAAAUUUGUUGCUAGGAAUGUCAGCUAAGGUAAUUGACUUGGAAACAGGCAAAACAUUAGGCGCAUAUAAAAGUGGUGAAAUUUGUUUCAAAGGUCCUAUGGUAAUGAAAGGUUAUUAUGGUAAUCCUAAAGAAACCUCUAAUACAAUUGAUGAAGAUGGAUGGUUACAUACUGGUGAUGUUGGUUAUUAUGACAAAAACUUAAAUUUCUUCAUUGUUGAUAGGAUAAAGGAGCUUAUUAAGUAUAAAGGAUAUCAGGUUGCUCCAGCAGAGUUGGAAUCAUUGUUAUUAACUCAUCCCGAUAUAGAAGACGCAGCAGUAAUUGGACUGCCUAACAAAGAAGCUGGUGAAUUGCCAAUGGCUUUUAUUGUUAAAGUUCAGGGUUCCAAACUUAAAGAAAAUGAUGUUAUAAACUUCAUGAACAUCUAUAUCAGUCGUGUAGCCAACUUCAAUUCAUAUUAUACAAGAAACUAAAUUUUGCUUAUCAGUUUAAUAGUAUUUAAAAGAAGAAAAUAUUUCUGUGUCAGUCAAGAUCAGAUUGGAAAAAAAAAUAUUUGAAGGUAAAUUAAAUCUUAUUAUUUGGAUUAAUUUAAAGAAACUGAUAAAAAAAGAAGUAAUUCCUAUUAAAAAGAAAGAUAUAAUAGUUGAACAGAAUGAGAUGAUAAAAUUAUGAAUGGAUUUGAGAUCUCAAUUAGUACUUAAAGAAAUUUUUUUAACAGAUAUUGAAAAAAAAACUAUUGUUGACAAAUUUAGUGGAAAAUAUUAAAAUGCCAAAGAAUGGUUAAAAAAAUUUAAUAAAGAAUGUGAAAUAUUUAAUAUUAUAAAUUGAAGUAAGAAAAUACAAAUUUUAAGAUUAUUUCUCGAAAAAAGUUCAAAGGAAUGGUUUUCAAAGGAAAGGAAUUGGCUCUAAUUGAAUAAAACUUUUAGUAAAUAGUUGGUCGGAAUAGUCUAAUUCAUUUAUAAAAGUCAAUGCUCAUAAAAAUUAGUCUACUAUGUGGUUUUCAUUAAAUUUAAAAUACUUAAAUGUCUUUCUAAUGGAUUAUGCAUUAAAAAAGGAAAGGUUGGUAUUAGAAAUGGAGAAAUCCAUGUCUGUCAUAUCCAGGAUUAAUUUAAUUGUAGUUGGUAUGCUAAAUUAUAUUCAAUAUAAAUUAGAUAAAGAAGAGAUUUUAAGUACAGAUGUAUUAUUGAAUAAAAUAAGAUUAUUCUUUUUAGGCCAACAUAAACAAAGACAAGAGGAAAAGUUUAAAACUAUACUACAACUUCAAAAAGGAAUAUUAUAUAUAAGAAAUAUAAUAUAAUUUGAAUAAAUCAUCUAGAGAGAGAAAACCAUAUUAAAUGUAUUAACCAUACAAAAUUAAAGAAUUUU